GUGGCCUCCGGUGCCCCCGGGGCUCGUGACCGCAGGCGGAGGGUGGGCAGGUCCCGCUGCCAGCUCCCAGCACCCUUCCUGGCGCCGGCCCCGGCGAGCUGCUCGCGCACCCUGGCACUCUGCCCACCGCCGAGCCACAGCCACCGCCGGCUCAGCACGGAGCAGGCCCCAUGGCCUCGGGGACACAGCGGGGCGCGGGGAGCCGGGGACAGCCGGCAGAGGGGCAGCGGAGCAGCCCUGGUGCCUGCUACCGGGAGCUGAGCCGCUUCCCUGCCAUCAACUGCGCCGCGCUGGGGGCCGCCGCGGGGGGACGGGGACAGGCCUUCCUGCUGCACACCGGUGAGUCAGGCCCCGCGGCCCCGCUGCGCUGUGCCGGGGUGGGCGCUGACGUCCCCGUCCCGCAGAGUGCAGCCAGCCCGACCUGCCCCGUCGGCGGCUCCUGCGCUUCAGCCGCCACUACAGCGUGCAGCGCACGGAGCGUGGCCUCGCCAUCAGCCGGGCAGCACUCGGCGCAGAGAUCCACAACCGGCUGCUCAGCCGGGACUCCCCCUCGGGGCAGCGCCGCGCCGUGCUUGUGCGCUGCCCACCGCAGGGCCACGAGCUGCUGGAGCGGGCGCAGCCACGGCGUGGACCUGACAGCGCUAGGGAAGCACGGGGCGGUCUACACAGAGGGGCCCUUCGCCUGCCUGGCCUGGUCCCAUUUGGAGACGCGGCUGCUCUACGUGGCUGAGAAGAGUCGGCCCACGCCACCUGCAGCCUGCCCAUGGCAUGUGCCAGGGGCAGCCGGGCCAGCAGAGGAUGAAGAUGAGGAGGGCGAGCAGUUCGUGUACCACGAGGACUGGGGGGAGACGCUGGGCACCCGCAGUGCCCCCGUACUCUGCAUGCUGGAUAUUGAGAGCAACAGCGUGUCGGUGCUGGAGAGUGUCCCCAAACAUGUGUCCCCCGGCCAGGCGCUGUGGUCCCCGGGUGACACCGGCGUAGUGUUUGUGGGCUGGUGGCACGAGCCCUUCCGCCUGGGGCUGAGCGCCUGCUCCAACAGGAGGUCAGGGAUUUUCCACCUGGAGCUGGCCAGCGGGCACUGCGAGCUGCUGUCGGCUCCAAACCGUGCCUCCUUUUCCCCCCGGCUGAGCCCCGAUGGUCAGCGCCUGCUCUACUUGGAGGGGGCCGUGGGGGGGCCCCACCGGCAGUGUCUGCAGCUGCGCAUGCUCACCUGGCAGAUGCGGCAGACGGUGACGGUGCUCGACGUGGUGCAGGAACCCACGGGUGCCUUCACCGGGAUCUACGCCGAUGCGCUGCCGCCACGGUGCUGGGCAGCCGACAGCCGGCGGGUGCUGCUGGGCACCCCGCAGCGGAGCCGCACGGACCUGCUGCUGGUGGACACGGAGGCUGCCACCGUCACCAACCUCACUGCCGGGUCACCUGAGGGGUGCUGGGAGCUGCUGACCAUCCAGUGGGACCUGCUGGUGGCCACCUGCUCGGCCCCGCACCGCCCGCCCAGCCUGGUGAGCAGAGCAGCACGCGGCGCUGGCACCGUGCGAAGCGCUGGUGACACCCUGCUAUGGGACCCGGUGUCACCCGCUGCCCGUCCCCAGGUGGUGGCAGAGCUGCCACCGUUGGGCCAGGAGCUGCCCCUGCAUUGGGUGCCCGUGGAGGACACCCCACCAGUUCCUGGCAUCACCUGGAAAACGCUGACGAUCCAGCAGAGCUCCCCUCCACACAGUGAGCACCUGGGGGCCCCGCAGUGCCUGGGUGCACGGGGGCAGGGGGUGCCCAUGGCGGUGGGUGCUGAGUGGGGCCCCUCCCACCCCUGUGCAGACCCCCAGCCCUUCGAGGCCCUGCUGCUGAGCCCGACAGGCGGCACCACACCGCACCCCCUCGUUGUGUGUCCCCACGGCGGCCCCCACGCCAUCUUCGACGCCCGCUGGCGCCCAAGCAUGGCCGCGCUGUGCCGGCUGGGCUUCGCCGUGCUGCUGGUGAACUACCGUGGCUCGCUGGGCUUUGGGCAGGCCGGCAUUGAGUGCCUGCAGUCCCGUGUGGGUGAGCAGGACGUGGCUGACACGCAGCUGGCGGUGGAGCAGGCACUGCACAGUGAGCCCCUCGACCCGCGCCGCGUGGCACUGCUAGCCGGCUCCCACGGAGCCUUCAUCGCCCUCCACCUCCUCGCCCGCCAGCCUGAGCGCUACCGGGUGUGCGCCCUGCGCAACCCUGUCUCCAACCUGCCUGCACUGCUGGGCACCUCCGACAUCCCCGACUGGCGCUACACAUCCCUGGGGCUGCCCUACUCCUUCCAGCGGGUGCCCCGCGCGGAGGACCUGGUUGCCAUGCUGCAGCGCUCACCCAUCAUCCAGGUGCCCCAGGUGCGGGCGCCGGUGCUGCUGUGCGUGGGUGCCCGGGACCGGCGCGUCAGCCCCACGCAGGCGCUGGAGCUGUACCGGGUGCUGCGGGCCGGCAGGGUGCCAACACGGCUGCUGUGGUACCCUGAGGGUGGCCAUGCACUGGCUGGCGUGGAGACGGAAGCCGAUGUUUUUGGGAACUGCGCCCGCUGGCUCCUCCAGCACCUGGGGCAGCCCCCAGCGGGACAGCACAGCCCCUAGAGCCCACGGUGGCCCCAUGGCUGUGGUGGCCCCAUGGCUGUGCUGGCCCCAGGGUGACCACAGGUCCUGGAGAUGGCACCAGGACUGAAGGAGAAGGGAUUGAGCACAGUGAAGGCGGAGGAUGGGUAUGGGGAUUUGGGUUUGGCUCUAAAUAAAUGUGUUGACAACCUGUGCA